AUGCAGCUGAUGAACGAUGGUCCACGAGUGCGGAGGUACUUUUUCAAUCCGGCUGCCCGCCUCAACCCUCUACUGCGCGCAACGGGCGUCGAAAUCCGGCAGUUCGUACCGGGAAAACGGAACACCUCCCAUAUCGAUCCUCUCGCGGGCAGCAAGCUGUCGCGGCGUCGUCGUGUCGCCCCCAAGGAUGGGCGGUACAGUCGCUACUCGCUGAAGGAGAUUACGACAGUGUUUAUCCACCAUUGUGUUGAAAAUGGUGGUUUCUCGGCGGUCCCAUUGGAGGCCGCGGAGGACAGGAACCAGCAGGUCGUCAAGAAGUCGUUUACGCCGGAAAUCAGUGAAUACCUGCGUGAGAAUGGGUGUGACGAGACGGAUGUGUUGGUCUGGGCGUGGAUAUUGACAGCAAAGGAUUCAAGGAAGGCGGGGUUACGGUUGGAGGCUCUAAACAAAUCUGCCGAGCGGGCUGGGGUUGCGCGGCCAAUCAUCCCACCGUUCCUGGUGCUGGCCCUGCUACGACGGGAACAAUUGCCCAGGUCGACGCUGCACGCGCUUUUCCCGAUCGUCGAGAAGCUGCUUACUCCUUGCGACGGAGUACAUUUUCGCGACCACAAGUCGGUGAUUUUGCUUGCAAUCCGGCUGUUGCGACAGUGUCGUGAUUCGUGGCCGGAGGCAUUGCCGCGAGCUGUCGACCUGAUCGUGGAGAAUUUCCGGCGACCCGGAUGGGCACACGAAGCACUUCCCGCAUGGGUAACCCGCGCAUUCAACCGUUUGUUGGUGUUGCUGUCGCUUCCGACCUCAAUUGGUCCCUACCGCAACGUCCCGCUACUGCAGAAGUGUCAGUUCGCCCUGAUCCAGAAGAUGGCAACCAUGGAGGCACCGAUGACGAGGGAGGGGUAUCGCGCAAUCAUAACGGUGCAAGUCGCGCACCGCAAGACGGCGGAGGAGUCGGAAAAGACGAGGAAUAUGGGGAAGGGCUGGCCGCCGUGGUUUGAGGAGAGGGAUGGGUGGGUGGAGGCGCAUAGGAAGGCGUACGAGGAUGUUGUUUCUCGCGGUGGUCUGGUUAUCCAGCAGAUGAUGGAGGCGGGGUAUAAACUGGCCGACUGGGAGAAGGAGGCCGAAGUCUUGACUGGAAAGGAUACCGAUAAAUCACCGACGAUCCAGACUAGGAGCUUUUGGAGGAGGCGGAUCCUCAACAUCGAUGAGAGUGUGGACGAUAGUCGUCGCGUGUGGGCUGCGCGCGUGCGUGCUACCAGGACACUGGAUGAGGCGUGGUGGAACUUUCAACAAUGCCGCGAGCAGGGCGUUCCUCACCUCACUGUCUGGGAGGAGAUGUUUGAGAAGCUUCUGUGGGAUGAUAAGCUCCAGAAGGAAACGCACAGGGAGGGCUUGGUCAGAAAGGAAAUCAACGAAAGGGGACAUUUGACGAGCUACGAUUUCUGGCUUCGUGGUGUGACGGAAAGAAAGAGUAGGGCCGUUCCUGGAGAUGGUAAGGAGCUUAUCCAUCCGCCGCUGAAUCCACGAGACGGUGUCUAUAAUGGCGAGCCACCGCUCGACGUCGAAGGACUUUUCGACCAGAUGAUCCGCGACGGCAUCAGGCCGGGAAUCCGAUUGACCACCCUCCUGGUCGGUAAAGUCCACCGCUCAAGCUUCGCCAUGACAGUCUUGAAGCAUUGGGAUGAGGAACUAGCAAACCAACUCAUCAAGCCGAUGUACUCGUUGCACAACUCCACUUCCCAAAAACCAAUGAAUACGAAAGUCCUAACCGCCUUUCUGCAACAACUUUCCAACGCCCGCGCCAUCUACCCCGCGCUACGUCUCGUCCGUCACCACCGCCCCAAGUACCGACCCGCCUGGAACACGGUAAUCGCGGGCUUCGUCAACACCCUCUCCCCGAACAUUCCCCCCGCUUUCCAAAUCCACGACCUCCGCGCGCAAACCACGCGCACAGUCUGGUCACUCUACAAGGAAAUGCGUCUGCUCGUUGACAUCGACAGCGAAACCCUGCGCCUUCUCGCCGUUGCCGCGGAGCGAUGGAGCACACUUGCCCUCGGUGAUGAAGCACUUUGGGACGGUGUUCCUCCGCCCGACCGCCUCAUUGGGAUCUUCAAUCACGAGCUCGGCCUCGAAAUCUCCGAGGACACAACGCCAAUGAUCAACCCCGAACAAGCUGCACUGCACGUGUUCGUCCGCGCCCUCGGCUUCGCACGGCGGUACGACGCGCUCGAACAGGUUGUUCACUACCUCGACCGGCGGGAACUGAAACUCGAUAAUGCGCUCGGGCGGCGGGUGUUAGUCGCCAUCAAAGUGUUCUUGGAGGGCGCUGGCUAUGGUACGCCGGAGGCGGAUUGGAGGGUUAGUCAGGAUGGAUGGGACAGGAUCGAUAGGCUGGAGGAGGUUGUAAAUAGGAGGUGGGGUGGCUGGCCGGGUGAGAGUGAGUGUGCGGUUUACCUCAUCACGGCGGGGCUUGUGAGGGGAUGGCGGGUGGAGCCGCCGCCGGUGGAAGAGGAGGUGCCGCCUUCGGUAGAAGAGGAGACGGCGAUGGUGGACGAGUUGGCACGACGCUCGCCAGCCCCAAAGCUCACUCCCCCGCCGCUAUCCAACUGCGAUGCCGGGUUUUUCACAAGUUCGUCCGGGAGUGGUGCAUUACUAUCACGAUUGUAG